AUGGCCGCCGCCGACCCGACAUACCCCCUGUACCCUAUAGCUUGCUUCCUGGCUUCAGCAAUGCUCAUCCUCGUACUGCUGACCGGCUUCGUUCGCCAGAGUUGGAACCUGGGUGUCACUUUCUUGUGUUUCUGGCUGUUCUGGGAGAAUCUUACCGGAGGCAUCGACGCUAUUAUAUGGUCCGAAAAUUCAGACAUCAAACUAUAUGUGUAUUGCGACAUCGUAUCGCACCUGCAAAUGAUCACUUCGACUAUCAAACCUAUGACCACUCUAAUCAUCACCCGCCGACUAUACCUAAUUACCAGUCUGCGAUCAAUAGAAGCCACUACCAUAGCGACGAGCCGCAGAAAUCUUGCGAUAGAGUGGGGGCUCGGUUUAGGCAUUCCUCUUUUGGUUGCAGGUCCUCUCUACUACGUAGUUCAAUGGGCUCGUUUUCAGGUCGACGAGGGUCUUGGCUGCGGCAACGCCUCCGACAAAUCUAUGCUCGCCCUCUUGCUUCUGAAUUCAUGGAAUGUGUUACCUCCCCUUAUGUCCAUCACCGUGUACUAUCCUCAUGUGGUCCGGAUCUUCUAUCGCCAUAAUCGGGAGAUCAACCAGUUCUUACGAAGCAACAAUUCGGUAUCCCGCACCAACUACUUCCGGAUCCUUACCCUUGCAAGCAUCGAUAUACUACUCACCUUACCUAUGGGCAUUGCGAUCAUCGUCUUGGCUGUGAAAGGCGCUGUGUCUUCCGGUUCCUUCCCAUUCUACUAUGGCUGGACCUAUGACCACGCGUGGCAGGACGCGAGCUUCUCCUAUGCAAACCUUGUGUCUAACGGGCCUUUCACUAUAGCAAGCUUCUACUUCAAUCAUUGGAUAUCACCCGUUCUCGCGUUCGUCAUGUUCGGCCUCUUCGGGAUUACAUCGGAAGCCCGCGCGUCGUACUGGCGCGUCAUAUACACCGUCGGCGGCUGGUUCGGCUGGCAACCCACACCUCGCACGCGCAGUGCACGUGCGCUGCUGGGAGAUAUUGAGUUCGGCAAUCGUCCUGCUCAGGACUCGAUGUCACUGGGUCUCGAGUCGAACCCAAGCUACAUCAACACCAACGUCCGCGCGCAAGGUCAGGACGGUGGAGAAGGCGAUGUCGCAGACGAGGCAGAGAAUGGGUCGGAGAAGGACACCAUAGAGGAAGCACGCCGGAGUACUACCGAGGAGAGGUUUGACGAGCGCCCGAUGCAGCCUUGCGCGUCUUCCCAGGUUGGCUUCGGCGAUCGCGAUGCUUCGACCUGCGCAUAG